CUGCUGCUCUGCCAUCAAUGACUCUGGAAAGUAAUUAAGACCCAUGGUGCCCAGGAUCCUUGGUUCUGUCUGCAUUUUACUCUUCCUCCUCAUCUGGUGCUCAGUAGCAAGCACAGGGGCCCACAUGAACUCUGGCCUGUUGCUGUGCCAGCCAGCACCCAUGUGUGGACACCGGAUGUACAACCCCUUGGAACAGUGUUGUGACUAUGACACCAUCCUGCUCCUGAACCGGACCCGCCUCUGUGGCCCCAACUGUACUUUCUGGCCCUGCCUUGAGCUCUGCUGUCCUGAGUCAUUUGGCCCCCAGAGGAGGUUUGUCGUACGACUGAAAGUUCAAGGCAUGAAGUCCCGGUGCCAUUCCUCUCCCAUCUCCAGGGUCUGUGCCAGGUAA